CAACCAACCAAAAAACAAAAUGGAAUCUGGUCAUCUAGAAGAAGAUUGGGAAUUCUGACCUCCCAAAAAGAUAAAGGAUCCUGAUGCAAAGAACCCUGAAGACUGGGAUGAAAGGGAAAUGAUUGAGGAUCUUGAAGAGAAGAAACCAGCAGAUUGGGACCAGCUAGAACACUUUCCUGGCCCAGAUGUUAAGAAGCCAGAUGACAGAGAUGAAGAGAUGGAUGGCAAAUGGGAACCACUGAUGAUCUCAAACCUGGAUUAUAAAGAAGCAGAAAAGAAAACGAAAGUACAGGAAGACCAGUGUACGGAAAUAUAUAAAGAGGAAGAAAAAGAAAACGAAGAGUCUGAAAAAGAAACAGAUUUCAUCAUCAGAAUGAACUCUAAUGGAACAAAAAUAGUGACACCCUGGUUAUAGUCACUAAGCUGUCUUAAGUAUGGGAAGCAAACCAUUCAACCUCUCAGUAAUGCACUCUUUUAACUAAAUAGCGGUGGUAUAUUCCAAUUUUGAAAUGAAUGAUCAUACUUCAUGACUU